AUGCCUGUAAACUCGUAUUACCCAGACCCGCCUAGUGACCUCACAGGCGGGCUCCCAAUUAAUCUCGAUUCUUUGCGUGACGGGCCUCCUGGGAGCAAGCCGUUCUAUCCAUAUUCGACUCUCAUUCGGUACGCGAUCAAGGGAUCACCGACGGGCAAGCUGCUGUUAGAGGACAUCUAUUACGCUAUUGAAAGUCGAUUCCCUUAUUUCCGCACUGCACCUUCAGGCUGGAAGAACUCUGUCCGACACAACCUUUCACUUAAUCCAUGCUUUGAAAAGGUCGCACGGCCGCUCACGGACAGAGGCAAGGGCUCAUACUGGACCGUGAAUGAUAACAUCGACCCCCGGACUGGUGUGCACCGUAUCCGAAAGAAGAGGACACACAAAUCAAAGCGAUCUUCGCACAGCGAGGGUGAACACGAUGUUGACUACGCGCGUGACGACGGCGCUGCACCGUCGACAUCUGCCGGCUUUGAGACUGGUGGCCCAGCUUACGAUCAACAAGUGAUGCCUCCACCACCUGGUCCUGAGGACGUUUCUUCUGCAAAUCCAUACAUGUAUAUUGACGCGAACGGGAACGUGAACUGGCGAUCUCUUUGGCAUAACGAACUCACAAAACUGCAGCAUGUUACAGCAGAACAGGACAAGGUACAAGCCAGUGAAGAAUGGUACAGGGAUAUGUUUUUCCGGUUCAAGCAAGUGAUGUCGACGCCAACUGGUGUUUAUCAAAUGGGAGUCGUUGCUGAGAUGCCUCCGCAAGUGAUGCAACCUCCACAGGAGCUGCAGGAGCAGGAGCAACCUCAGUGA